AUUUUGAAGGGGUGCGCGCGUUGAGCUGGCGGUUGGAGCGGCCGUUAGCGGCUGGAAUUUAAAUCUCAGGCCACGAGUACGUGAGGGAGGCAGAGACAGAGACAGUCAAUAAACAAACCAUUCACUCUCGCCGUACUCUUUAACGUCAUAGGUUUUCGUACACGAGUUUUGUGUCUGUGUGUUUUUUUUUAAAACAGUUGUAGCUUUCUUUGUGGUGGAAACUUUUUUUCUUUUUCUGUUUGGGACGACUCUCCCUCUUCCCGGGGCUCGAGGUCGAAUGGCGGCCGCCGCCACGGGGAGCGGCAGCAUCACCAGCCGUCUUAAGAAUCUACUCCGCUCACCGCCUGCCAUCAACCUCCGGAGAUCCCGAGUGGCGACCAGGGCGGGCACAGAGCGGAUUACCUUGGACAAAGUAAUUGGAAUUACAGCUUCCAGCAGCAGUAGUUUAGCCUGUGAUUUGACCACAGGACUAGUGGCAUAUCCAGCAGGGUGUGUGGUGGUGUUAUGUAACCCCAAAAAAAAUAAGCAGACUCACAUUCUCAAUGCCUCCAGAAAAGCAGUCAGUGCUUUGGCAUUCUCGCCAGAUGGAAAAUAUCUUGUUACUGGGGAGAGUGGUCACAUGCCUGCUGUGCGUGUCUGGGAUGUGUCUGACAAAGUGCAAGUGGCUGAAUUACAGUGCCAUAAAUAUGGAGUAUCAUGUGUAUCUUUUUCCCCCAAUAUGAAGUAUAUUGUAUCAGUGGGCUUCCAGCAUGAUAAACUUGUGAACGUUUGGGAUUGGAAGAAAAACUCCACUGUGGCAUCUAAUAAAGUUUCCAAUAAAGUUAUAGCUGUUUCCUUCUCUGAAGACAGCAGUUUCUUUGUUACGACUGGCAACAGGCAUGUCAAGUUUUGGUACUUAAAUGAAUCCAAAGCCUGCAAGGUUUAUCCAGAAUUGGAAAAUAGUAGUCAAGCUUGCCUGCCCUCUGCAUCUUUCCUAACUUGCUCAUCGGACAAUACUAUAAGAUUAUGGAAUGUUGGUGCAGCCUCUGGAUUUCAGCUCACUUCGUUCCACAGGAAUAUUUAUAGUACGGACUUGAUUAAAGUUGUGUAUGUUGAUGACAAUAUCCAGCAUCUCCAAGAUACAACCAGCAACCCUGACCGAACUGAAAAUGGAGGAACAUCAGAGAUAAAGUCAGGAAUUCGGGUCAUAACCAUCAGUCCUGAUGGGCAGCACCUCGCUUCUGGAGAUAGGAUGGGCACCCUGAGAAUCUUUGACCUGCAAUUCUUGGAUGAACUGAUGAAAGUUGAAGCUCAUGACUCUGAGAUUUUAUGCCUGGAGUAUUCUAAGCCUGAAACAGGAAUGAAUCUGUUGGCAACAGCAAGUAGAGACCGUUUGAUUCAUGUACUGAACGUGGACAGGCAGUACAGCCUGGUGCAGACGCUGGAUGACCAUUCCUCAUCUAUUACUGCUGUGAAAUUCGCAGCCAAUGAUAAUGUCAAGAUGGUUAGCUGUGGUGCUGAUAAAAGUAUCUAUUUCCGUACAGCACAGAAGUCUGUUGAUGGAAUUCAGUUUACACGAACUCACCAUGUAGUCGGAAAAACAACAUUAUAUGACAUGGAUAUUGAUAUCACACGGAAAUAUGUAGCUAUUGGCUGCCAGGACAGAAAUAUUAGGGUAUUUACCAUCGACAGUGGGAAACAAAAGAAAUGUUUCAAAGGUUCACAGAGUGAAGAUGGAAUCCUCCUCAAAGUUCAGAUGGAUCCCUCUGGAACGUUCGUAGCCACUAGUUGUUCUGACAAAAAUAUUUCCAUCUUUGACUUCUACACUGGAGAAUGUGUAGCCAGCAUGUUUGGGCAUUCAGAAAUUGUAACUGGCAUGAAAUUUAGUUAUGAUUGCAAGUAUCUCAUCACAGUCUCUGGAGACAGUUGCAUUUUCAUAUGGCGUUUGGACACUCAGUUGACAAAUUGCAUGAGACAUCGCCUUUCUGAAAUCAAACAGAUUGCUAAACAGGAUAAGAUACCACCAACCAAGACAUCUGCACCAAUCAGGAGAGAGACCUUUAUGGUGCAACAGGUAGCUUCAGAGGAUCAGGAAGAUGAUACAAGUGAGGAUGAUGUGGAGGAUGGUUCAUUCCAAACACCUUUGAAGGAGCCCACGGACAGAGGUAAGACUGAAGAUGCUGUGUUCCUGCUGACAAAUGGGAAGCUUCCACUGUGGGCAAAAAGACUGGAAGCAGGUGAUGGAAAUGUACAGGAUAGAACUGUAAAUAGCACUGUUGAAGCAUUCCAGCCACGAGGAAGAUGGGCUGAGAGAAUGGACAAAGAUUUUAUUCACUCCAUCUUGGGAAGGAAGCAGUUGGAGGAAUACUGUGCAACCCCAACUCCAGGCAACUUGACAGUAGCACAGGGACUGCCAAGCAGCCAUUUAAAGGAACAGGACAAGUUUGGACCACAAAACUUGGAUAACUUCCUUGAGAUGAUGGAGUUAUCCCCCAGCCUUUUGUCAAGAGAGUCCAUGGGAAGGCCGAGCUCUAUUUGCCUGGAGGAUGCAGACAAUGCAUGUUCCCGUGAAGUGGAUACUGUGGAAAUGGAGCUAAGUGCACCAAUGUUUUAUCCAGUGCAAAAUGAUCAUUCUACCAGCACAGAGAAUGAUUAUCAAGUAAAAGAGCCUCCAAAGAAACUACUGGAGAGUGAAUCUGAAUGGAAAAUUGUGCAUUCAGUGGAGAACAGUCCUGACAGCGCCUAUUCAAUGGAUUCGGGCAGCAAUGAACAACAACAAGAUGAUUCUGAUUCUGUGGGCCAACUGAGUUCUGAUGGUCAUUAUUCGGGAUUGGAGGAAGAGGAGGAACAAUGUUGUGCAGUUCUACAGGAGUCACAUGCAGCAAAAACACCAGACCAGGAAAAGUUUCUCAAGCACAACUUUGAAACCUUGGCUAAUGAAUUUUCUAAUGAGAAAUUUGACAGCACCCUGAAAGAUUUACAGCCAAAUGCAGAAAAUGAAAGCAGUUUUUUCCUGAAUCCUCGUUUGAGUAUCUCUGCAAGAUUUCUGUCCCGCUGCCAGAAAAACAGCAGAAUGGCAGCAGCCUUCCCUCCUAAAGUCCAGCAGCAGUUCCAACAUCUGCCAGAUACACUGUGCAAGUCUACACAAUUGAAUGCUGAAAUGAAAUCUUUUGUAGAUGGUCACGGAUCGGAGUUAGGGUCAUCUUUCAAUGGUACAAAACACCUUAGAGAUGAAGAGAUGUGUCAAACUGUUGAGAGAGAAUACAGUGGAAGUGAAUGGGACAUAAAAUCAAUGAGUUCAAACACUGAGAAACCUCUUGGUUUGGAGGUGAAAGGUGCAGCACCAAAUAACGGAAGACAUCAAAUGUGUAAACGAUCAGCCUCAGUAAUUGAUCUGGUACAAGAAGAAGAACAGGCAUCAUCUGAUUCAUUCAUAGCAGCAGCUCGAUCCAGCCUGCAGAAUGUGCGUGUAAAUGAGGGAACAAAACAAAGACACUCACUGUGUAGUAAAAUGGACAUGCUUGCUGCAACCCUCAGUAAAGAGAUGUCUAAGAACAAACUUUGCAAACCUAGGUCCUAUAUGCACCCAACUGCCAGUUUCAAGGCUAAAAUGUCACGGAGUGCGUCAGUGGAAGAAAACCUGCAUCUGAAAACCUUAGGACAGUCGAAUGGUAUGAGUUUACCCAAUUCCAGAGCGGUGUCUACAGUAGAUUUAACAGAGUCAAUGAAAGGGUCCACUCCAAGUGAAGAUAGUCCAAAUGAAAAUUUUAAAGUAAAGGUGCCACCAAAAGAGACAUUACAGAAUGGUACUUUGUCUUAUGGAAACCAUCAAGCUAGAGCUAGCUUGACACUGAACCUUUCCAAAAUGCACACAGACAGACUGCUGAUGCCUCCUCCAAUAGCUAAUAGUAUUGGUGUUACAAAAGUCAAACAAAAACUGCAGGCUGGUCAAGAUUCUACACGGCCAUCUACCUUGGCAGUCACACCCACACCACCAACAAGCUUGUCUAAAAAUGAUCAAACUGUUUGUGAAAACCAUGAGGAAAAGGGGAGUAUCCCAAACAUGAACUCCUUUACAAUCCUAAAGAAAGCUACUGGUAAUUCAGAGCACUGUAACAGUUCUCAAGAUGGCACUGACCCCACUCUGGAAAAGUUUCCAUCAUGGAAUUCAAUUCUUGUACAACCACAGAAUUACAGCAUCAGUCCCAGCAGGGAUGUUGUGAGCUGUAAUUCCAUAACCAUCCCAGAAGGAAAUGGCUUUCCCAAGGACGUUCCUAAAUCACUGAGAGGAAGUAUGGGGAUUGAAGAGAAACCUACCAAUGAAGCAGAUCUUGUCGUCAGUGUCGAGAACUGUGAGUACGUUGUUAUGGAACUUCAAAACAGUUUGCAGAAGGCCUUACAGCUGUACAGCAAGGUGAUGUCCAGUGAAGAUGCACCAGAGCUGAAGUCCCAGAUGAUGGCCAUCCUGUGUGAUGCGUUUUCCUCUGCGAAAAAGCAUAUGAACUCUGUAGAAUGUUUGCCAGUUUCAGCUCCUCUGGUAAACAAGUCACUUUUUGCCUCAGAAUCUCUAGAGAAUGGCAAGGCAACAGCUUUGCUAGAGCACUAUUCAGAACUGUUGAUAAAAAUGAUGGCACAAAAACUGCAAUUGCAGCAUUGAAACAACAUAUUUGGAGACCAUGAAAGGGAUGUUUAAGUGUAACUUUGUCCUAGAAAAUAGUGCAGCAUUCUGCUUAGUGUUUUUUAUGUUUUUUUUUAAGUGAAGGAGCUGUAAUCAAUAUGUCUUACCAGAAUUAUAGUCACCAGUUUAUUUGAACUCAGGAAAGUUUUCCAAAUUUUCUCCUUUUUUGGUCAAAUCCCUUCAUUGCUGGAGAAGCUUGUGUACUAAUGACACUCAGUGUUUUGGAGUUAGGUAAUUAAAGAAAAACACUCAGGCACACACUAUUAAAGUUUGCUCCCACAGCUAAGAGAAAUAAGAACACAGAAGCUGAUUUUGGUAUAUUUUUAAAAUUAGUUGAUAUUUCUUUUUAAUAAGAAAUCUUCCAGAAAUAUUUUUCUUUUGCUUUUAAACAUGUCUGAGCACAACAGAAGAGUGACUGACUGAUUUCUGUGACACAUUAGAUCAUCUAGUCUUGUAAUUUAAACCAUAUUUGUAUUUUUAAAAAGUUGAAUUGUCUCAUUGAAAUUGAGUAAUAUAAACAGAAACGGUAUGAUUCAGCACUUAAAAAGGAAUUGUACGUUCAGAUGAUUUGAACCAAAUAACUGCAUUAAUUGGAGUACAUUGCAGUGUUGAUGCACCACAGUACUAGGGUUGAUUGGCUAUACCUGAGUAUAGUCAUGCUGAUACUCCAUUUUAUUGUAUCCACAGCAGUAUUUUCUGGUGAUUGUCUGAAUUUGAUCAUUUAGACAUUUUUGCAUUUUCAUUUUGCUGUCUCAACUGGGGAGUUUUUAGUUUUUGCUCCACGCCUUCCCCCCCCCCAACCAUUUGAUAUGAGGAAUCAGACACUCGUCAGUUUCCUGCUUGAUAUAUCUAUUCGUGUUUUUUUAAAAGAAAUAAUUUGAUGCUAUAAAAAAGAAAUAAAUUUUUGACGCCUGUAAAUUUUGUCACAAGGGUAGAGUAAACUUUUAGAGCUGGCUACCUAUUUGUAAAGGGGUUGCCCUUCUGAAUCAAGAUUUCUGAUAUGCGAUUUUUUUUUUAAAAAAAAAACUUUUCAGUUUCUAAAAAUACCAUAUGCGCAUGGAUUAUUUGUUUUAAUUCUGCUGUACAUAAAUAGUAAAAAGUUAGACUUUGCAGGGCAAUAAUGUAUUACAAUAAGCACAUUUUGAAUUUUGCAGUAUUGUAUGAUGUCCCUCCAUUUUUGUAUGUACAUUGUUAUCUGUGCAUUUAUUUUCUUAAACCUCUUGCCUUUAUCUUUUGAAAUAAAUUUUUUUGUUAAUUAUCA